CCUGACAUUCAUCAACUUCCGGUGUCACGGAGUGCCUGGAAGACGGAGCAAAAAAGCGGGCAUACCGAAAUCGUUUUUGUUUUUGCUAGCCACCAAACAGUUAAUUGGGCAACAUUUGACUCGUAUAGUCAAACAACUUCGCUUUGUGGACCUGUUCCCCCUCUGGAAUUUGCAUCUGGCUUAAAAAAAUAAUCAUUCAUUCGUGUUUCGUCCUAGCUAACGAGCUCCACACGAGCAGGCCUAUUCUUCUGGACUUUGCUACAAGCUAGUUAGCUAACGUUAGCAGGCUAACCCAUGCGAGCACGUUUUCUUUCUCAAUGAUUCUGUCUGUUACGUUCUAAACCAAUACUACACCGCGUAUGCGUGUGCUAGGUAACGUGUUUUGGUAGUUGUGUGGUUAAGUGGGUUACACGUUGAAGCAAACUUACGUUUGCUACAUCAGCGAGGCGCUUGCUUUUAAAGUGUUGUUCACUUUGUUGCUAGCUUAAGCUAGCCAUCGCUAACUGAACAACGCAGUAGCUGAACGCGCAUCAGCCUUCAACUCACAGAGAUGUCGGACUUCGACGAAUUUGAAAGGCAGCUGUCUGAAAACAAACAAGGUGAUGUAUUCUCAGACUCUUUGACCGCUGAAAGGGACAAAGAGAACCGCCACCACCGCCGGUCUUCCUCCCGUAGCCGUAGCAGAGAGAGGAAAAGGAGGAGCAGAGACAGGGAUAGACGCAGCAGGGACCGUCGUGGGGAAAGUAAGGAGCGCAGACACAGACGCAGCUCACCAACCAGCUUCCCCCAGGACAAUGCUGGAAGCCGUUCUCCACACCGCGAGGCCAAGAAGAAGAACAAGGUGAAAAAGUACUGGGAUGUCCCUCCACCGGGUUUUGAACACAUUACUCCAAUGCAGUACAAAGCCAUGCAAGCUGCGGGCCAGAUCCCGGCCACAGCCCUGCUGCCGACCAUGACUCCAGAUGGCCUGGCUGUGACUCCCACCCCGGUACCUGUAGUGGGCAGCCAGAUGACCCGGCAGGCCCGUCGGCUCUACGUGGGUAACAUCCCCUUUGGUAUCACAGAGGAGUCAAUGAUGGACUUUUUCAAUGCCCAGAUGCGUUUGGGUGGUCUUACUCAGGCCCCUGGAAACCCUGUUCUUGCUGUACAGAUCAACCAGGAUAAGAACUUUGCCUUCCUGGAGUUCCGUUCAGUGGACGAAACUACACAGGCAAUGGCCUUUGAUGGCAUCAUCUUUCAAGGCCAGAGUCUCAAGAUUCGUCGUCCGCACGAUUACCAGCCUCUGCCCGGCAUGAGCGAGAACCCCAGUGUCUAUGUGCCUGGUACUCAGCCAAUUAAUGGUGUCGUUUCCACAGUUGUUCCUGACUCAGCCCACAAGCUCUUCAUCGGAGGUUUGCCCAACUACCUGAACGAUGACCAGGUGAAGGAGCUCUUGACGUCCUUUGGCCCACUGAAGGCUUUCAACCUGGUGAAGGACAGUGCUACAGGCUUAUCUAAAGGAUAUGCGUUCUGUGAAUAUGUUGAUGUCAACCUUAACGACCAGGCUAUUGCUGGGCUGAACGGCAUGCAGCUGGGAGACAAGAAGCUCCUGGUGCAGAGAGCCAGCGUGGGAUCCAAGAACGCCACUCUUACGAGUAUAAAUCAGACCCCAGUGACGCUGCAGGUGCCGGGUCUGAACAGCUCAGUGACCCAGAUGGGUGGCCUGCCCACUGAGGUGCUGUGUCUGAUGAACAUGGUGGCCCCGGAGGAGUUGCUGGACGAUGACGAAUAUGAGGAGAUUGUGGAGGACGUCAGGGACGAGUGCAGCAAAUACGGCCAAGUCAAGAGCAUUGAGAUCCCUCGACCUGUGGACGGCCUGGAGGUGCCCGGGACCGGCAAGAUCUUUGUGGAGUUCAUGUCCGUUUUUGACUCCCAGAAGGCCAUGCAGGGGCUGACGGGAAGGAAGUUUGCCAACAGGGUGGUGGUGACCAAAUACUGCGAUCCAGAUGCUUAUCACCGCCGAGACUUCUGGUAGAGGACCCGUGAAGAGAAGAGGGGACAGGGGAGGGGGGGAGGGAACAUGAAUUGCCCAUCUAAAAGUCAGCCCCCUGAUUGACAGCAACAUUUUAGGUGGAUCUGAGAGUACUUAUCAUUUGACAAAUGGCUUUGGUAAUAUCCAAUUCAUCAUUUGAGAUCUUGGUGAAAUGUCAAGCGGUUAACACUGAUAUUUGGAAAUUGGAAGAGGAGCACAGUUUGGAGGGUUUCUAUUCAGUCCAUACCAGAGGGGGCUAGGUUUAGGUGGGUGGGGGAGUCAAAAGAUUUUUGGAAAAUGUGUGUAAUAAUGGGUCCAGGGAGGGGUCAACGAUUUUUAUACUUUGUGAGGAUGUCAUUUUGGGGUGGGAGGGGGGAGCCACACUCUAGGUUUGUAUUUAAAUGGAGGUAGCCUGUUUUAAGUACAUUAGGAAGGAGUUGCAGUGGGGAACUAACUGGACUAUUCUGGUGGAGAGAGGGAUAGAGAAAACAGAGAAAGGAGUGUUUCUUUGUGAGUGGGGGGAGAUGGAGAGGAAGAGGAGGGCGUUUUGUUUGACAUCUAAUCUAGAUAUACAGUAGCUGUAACAUCCACUUCUGUUUCCCCACUGUCGUUAGUAAGGCGAGAUAACUCUUUUUUUUUUCUUUAUUUGGACUAUAUUUCUUCAUGUUUCUUUAUUUUCAUUUGACUACUGCCCCCUCAGAAUGAUUGGUAGAGAAUAUGUUGUCUAAUUGGACUCUAUCUGAAUGUCAUCUGUAAUUGUUUCAAUACUGUGUGUAGCUUCACUGAUAUGAUAUGAGCUGUAAUAUCACAUUGUGUUCAAGCCGCAGGAGCUGCAGGAAAGACCUUUUUUCAAUUAUGCCAGUUUGAUUUUUUUUUUUUCUGUAACUUUUUUUCACAUCCGUCUUUAGUACACAGCUUUUAACAGAUGAGGUUUCAUUGUCUCAGAGGUUCAGUCCUGAUUUAAUUAAAGUGGAAAAUUGAAGGAAGAUGAGGAUUGGUGUUUAUUAGGGGAUUGAUCUCUUCCUUACCAAAAAGCCUUAAUGUUAUUACAUGUCAAUUCGCUAAGGAAAACUAAUUAGGCUUGCCCCUCUUUCAAUGACAUCUGUAUGUUUAUAAAUGUCACUAUCUUGUACUACAGCCUUGCAUCACUCGUUUUCAUUUUUCCUUCUUUGGCAGCAGAUUUGCAUUGUCAGAUGUGUUGGACCCGGCUGUUUCUUUGUGCAACGUCUCACCUCUUUGACAAGACCAAAUAAACACGUGUCUAAUACCCACGACUCAUGGCGUGAAAGCAAAACAUCCAACUUUUCUUUGUUCUGUCAACUUCCAGCCUGAUGUGUUUAGGAGACACACACUCGAUUAAAUUGAUAGGUGUCCGAACCAAAUAUUAAAACUGAAAUUACAAUGUCUUGUUUUGGAUGUUUGUGCUCUCAAGAGACUAAUUAAAAAAGGAAAACCUGCAGACAAAUAAUUGCUAUUAUACAUCUACAUUUUAAUAAACAAUCAUUUCACAUUUAGCUUUCAUUGUUUUAGUCUGUUACUGUUGUAGAGGGGUCUUUUCUCUAAAUGUAAGGGGUAGAUUGGAUGUUAAAAACUUUGUUCUUAGUCAAAAACUGCUUUUCUCUCAUCUCCCCCAUCAUCUACUCUUGAUUCUGAAGACCACAUGUUCACACUGUACGGGCUUGAGACUGCUUUCAUUUAGGUGGCUUAAGACAUUGCUGAGAAAGUGUGUCAGUGAUAACACUUAUGGUAUGUUACCCUUACUUUUCUGAUACCUGCUUUCUCAGUGUCGCUGUCAUUUAAUUUUUUUUUUUCUGAAAAAAAAUGUGAUUUCUUAAAUGAUUUAAAAACACCUAGUUUAUAAAAAUCCAAAACAGUCUUUCAUUGGUCCAAUUUGUUUUCAAAUGUUGAUUAAAAACUGAAUUUACA